UUGGAGUUUGCAAAUUGCACCUUUGGAUUCCCCAGUAAACAAUCCUUAAACCCUGACAAGAAAAGAGGGGAUAAAAGGACGUGUCCGAUGUAGACAGCUAUAUGUAACAGAAAUAGCUUCUUCUGCUCCAAAUUAUCAAACAGUCCAGGGUUUAAUAUCUGUAUCGUUGUUGUUCCACUUAUUUGUGCAGGAGACAUGUGCACAUGGCAGUAUCAGGAUUGGUUGGGCAAGGUUGCUGUCAGUGUUUAGCUAAACAGUUCUCGAGAUUGCCAGUUACUUUGGAAGUUGGGAGAGGUUUUAGGAAUGUUUUGGUUGGAAAUAUGAGGUUCAGUAAUUUUUUCUUUCCAAAGAUUUCAAACUUGUAUUUUCGGUCGAAGCAUAAGUCAUCUGGAAACUUUCUGGAGAAAGUUGAUGCACAGAGGAAGGCUAAAUAUCCUGAUCGUUCAAAGUUGCUUAAAAAGGUAACUGUCCUUCUUGGUUAUGAUGGCAUUGAUGACUCGAUAGACAAUGAACUAUGUGAGAAGUGUAAUGGUGGAAAAGAUGAUUUUGAUGUCUCAUUGGCUUGUAAACGUUUCCCAUCCAUAUCAUUGGGUUUCUUUCCACCGGUGGAAUUGUAUGAUGAAGCAACAUGCAGCUCCAUGGAUGAAGGCCUUUUAGCAUCUCAGCUUUAUCAACAAUUUCUAGCCAAUUCUAGUGAGCCUAAGUUGGUUGAACCUGAUUCUCUAUAUGAGACAUGGACAUCUUUAUGUCCGGGAAGAGAAGAUGGGAACUCAUCUUCUUUAACGGAACAUAUGCAUUCAGGGUCACCAACUUUGAAGCCAAAGGCAGGAAGCAACUUAGAAUUCCAUCUUGACGAACCUGUCAGUGCUACCACUAUGCUUGAGACACAAAAUACUGCUGCACCAAUGCAAGAUAUUCUUGAUAGAUCCAUAAAUUGCAUUCCUGGACUCACUAAAAGGCAGUAUAGUCAGCUGGAAAACUGCGGCUUCCACACGCUGCGGAAAUUGCUGUACCAUUAUCCUCGAACAUAUGCCAAUCUACAAAAUGCAGAAGUCAGCAUUGAUGAUGGGCAGUAUUUGAUUUUUGUCGGGAAAAUAUUAUCUUCAAGGGGUAUUAGAGCUGGUUAUUCAUUUUCAUUUCUUGAGGUUGUUGUUGCUUGUGAAGUUAUGCAAAAUGGGUCAACCUCUGAAUGCAUUGUAGAUGAAACUGAAAGCAGGAAAUUGAGAACAAUACAUUUACAUUUGAAAAAAUUUUUCCGUGGUACUCGCUUCACAUACCAACCUUUUCUAAGAAGUCUUGAGUCAAAGCACAAGGAGGGAGAUGUUGUAUGCGUUAGUGGUAAGGUGCGCACAAUGCGUACAAAAGAUCACUAUGAAAUGAGGGAGUACACUUUGGAUACACUUCAGGAUGAAGAAGAUUCAUCCACCUGUGGCAAAGAGACUCUUUACCCUAUAUAUCCCUCGAAAGGAGGAUUAAAACCAAACUUUCUUAAAGAUAUUAUCUCAAGAGGGUUACUAAUAUUGCCUCCCAAUAUUGAUCCUAUUCCUGAAGUUAUACGAGAGGAUUUUAAACUUAUAUGCCUUCGUGAUGCAUAUACUGGAAUUCACCAGCCAAAGAAUCUAGCUGAGGCCGAUUCAGCUCGAAGGAGGCUUAUAUUUGAUGAGUUUUUUUAUCUUCAGUUGGGACGGCUGUAUCAAAUGCUAGAAGGUCUCGGUACCAAACUAGAAAAAGAUGGCUUACUGGAUAAAUACAGGAAACCUGAACUUAAUGCUGUACUUGUAGAAGACUGGUCUACUCUGACCAAGGAGUUUUUUAAGGCUUUGCCAUAUUCCCUGACACCCAGUCAGCUAAGCUCCGUGUCUCAAAUUAUUUGGGAUCUAAAGCGACCUGUCCCAAUGAAUCGACUACUGCAGGGAGAUGUUGGAUGUGGGAAAACCAUAGUAGCCUUUUUGGCAUGUAUGGAGGUUAUUGGCUCAGGGUAUCAGGCAGCUUUUAUGGUUCCAACUGAGUUGCUUGCUGUUCAGCAUUAUGAGCAUCUUCUUAAAUUGCUAGAGAAUAUGGAGAACCGCCAAAUGGCACCAUCUGUUGUUCUGUUGACAGGCUCAACCUCGUCAAGGCAGUCAAAUAUCAUUCGUGAGGGUCUCAAAAAUGGAGAUAUCUCUUUGGUCAUUGGUACCCACAGUCUAAUAGCUGAUAAAGUAGAAUUUUCAUCAUUACGCAUUGCUGUUAUAGAUGAGCAACACCGGUUUGGUGUUAUUCAGAGAGGACUGUUUAACAGCAAGUUAUACUUCAACCCUGCAAGUUUAAAGCUGGAAUCAGCUAAGUCAGAUGACUCCUCGAAAGGGGACAACAUUAUGGCUCCGCAUGUUCUUGCUAUGUCAGCUACUCCUAUUCCAAGGACUCUUGCUCUGGCUUUAUAUGGAGACAUGUCCCUUACACAAAUCACAGAUCUACCUCCAGGAAGGAUACCUAUUGAGACGUACAUUAUUGAAGGGAAUGAAGAUGGCUUUGAGAUCGUCUAUAAGAUGAUGCUGGAUGAAUUGGAAGCAGGUGGAAAAGUAUAUCUUGUAUAUCCAGUAAUAGAGCAAUCUGAGCAACUGCCGCAGCUUCGUGCUGCUUCAGCUGACCUUAAAACCAUAUCCAGUAGAUUUGCGGGCUAUAAUUGCGGGUUAUUACAUGGAAAAAUGAAAAGUGACAUGAAAGAUGAAGCACUAAGACGAUUUAGAUCUGGAGAAACAAAUAUUCUACUUUCAACGCAAGUGAUUGAGAUUGGUGUUGAUGUUCCAGAUGCAUCUAUGAUGGUUGUAAUGAAUGCUGAGAGAUUUGGGAUAGCUCAGCUUCACCAACUUAGAGGGCGAGUUGGACGUGGUGAUAGGAAAUCUAAAUGUAUUUUAGUAGCAUCCACCCCAAGUAGCUUGAAUCGUUUGAAGGUGUUGGAAAAAUCAUCUGAUGGUUUUCAGCUUGCAAGCAUGGACCUCGUCCUUCGAGGACCUGGGGACUUACUUGGUAAAAAGCAAUCAGGACAUCUUCCAGAGUUUCCUAUUGCUAGAUUAGAGAUAGAUGGAAACAUCCUACAAGAAGCACAUCUUGCUGCACUGAAAAUCUUGGGAGAAUCUCACGAUCUGGGGAGCUUCCCUAGUCUUAAAGCUGAGCUUAGCAUGCGACAGCCCCUUUCUCCUCUUGGUGAUUAACCAACGUGCAUCUGCCACUGUGUAUAUCAUCGACAUGUAAUGCAAUACAGGCCUACAAGGACAAAAGGGCCUUGAGAGUGUGGUAUGCUUCGCCUGGUUACCUUAUGCAGAUCUACUGUUAGUAUACAUCUUGCAUGAACACAUUCUUGCUUGCACAUGUCUGUGUAUAUAUGUUUGGGAAUAGACAAAGUUUGCAAGUUAAAAGAGUUUUGCAGCAACAUACAACUGGGCUCUAAUAUGACUUUGUACAUUUUUGUGUAUUAUAUGGUGAACAAUCACUUCACUUUUUAUUUGUCCUAGGACAAUUGAUCCAUGACGGGAAGUAGAAGAAAAUUAUGAACAGAAAGGUUCUACUUGAAAUAAAUAGCAGGUGUAGUUUGCAUUUAGCUGA